UGUGAAGCGGUUAAAAAGACAAACUUGAAGUUUGUUGACUGAUGUGUUCUGCGGCCGCAAGUUUAACUCCGCAGCCAACAUUUUCUAUUUCUCCCCAAAUUCAAUCAUCAUUCCUCAUUUAAUCAUCGUCCUUCCGGAAAUUCAUACCCAAAUUAAAGUUACUGAUUUUGUUGAUUGAUUUUAACGAUGUGGUACCCAAGAUCAAAACUAUUGAGGAAUUCACUUCAUUGCAAUUGUUGGGUUACCUUCAGGUCUUGCAAUAAGUGGGUAUCAAAGACUUGGAAACCUCCCUGAGUUGGAUACACAUUGGGGCAUCUGAUUCGAUCGACUUUACAACAUGCGUGUUGGUUCAUUAGAUCUACCUGGAGAUCAUAAAAGUAUGUUGCUUUCGUCUUCCAUGUUAACUGUUCUGCAAACGAAUAAAUGAGUGUAUCCCGCUCAUAGGAACUAUGAUCAGGGUCUGGGGAGGAAAGAAAGGCGGCAAUUCAUAUCCAUAAAGGAGGGUGCAGCCAAAGAGUCCCUCAGCUCGAGAAAGAUGCACAAAGUCCUUUAAAUUUGUUAGCAUAUACUUCUAUUGUUUUCAUUAUUUGGGCUUCCGAGCUUAGAAUGGACGGAAUAAUUAUCCAAUGUACACAUUGUAGGUUAGAGCAUUUUAUAACCAAGAGAACUAAUUAUCUUUAUUGCUUGAGAUGCCAUUCCCUAAUUCCUACACAAACAAAAUUUUUGAAGAACACAAGUCAGAAACAUACUCAGUUGCAAAACAUCAAGAAUUCAAGUCUAACCAAUUGCACGUUCGAAAAUAGCAGCCUCUACGGCAUUUCUGGGUCAUCUGAAUACAAGUCGUACCCUAGAGGCAUCUCUGUAGUUAGGCCAAAAACUACUUUUGCAUUUUUGAAUGCAUGCCCAAGAGGCAUCUCUGCGGCUAGGCCAGGGAAGCGAGCACUUAUAUGUGGCGUGAGCUAUAAGAAUCAAAAAUACAAGCUGAAAGGAACUCUUACGGAUGUCUAUAAUAUAAAGCAACUUCUUACAAAUCGAUAUCAUUUUCCGGAGCAGGCAAUUAGAGUCCUUACAGAGGAGAAUGACCCAGAUCGAGUUCCGACCAAAGCAAAUAUGGAAGAAGGAUUGAGAUGGCUUGUUGACGGAUGCAAAUCAGGGGAUUCACUGGUGUUUUACUUUUCUGGACAUGGGUUCCGCCAGCAUGAUUUGAAUAAUGAUGAACUUGAUGGUUUUGAUGAAACGUUGUGUCCUGUUGAUUUCAAGACCGAAGGAAUGAUCAUCGAUAAUGAUAUUAACACCAUGAUAGUUAAGCCUCUGAUAAAGGGCGUUAGACUUCAUGCAAUCAUCGAUGCUUGUUAUAGUGGAACCAUCCUCGAUCUUGAAUACUUGUACAGCCUGAAAGAGAGGAAAUGGUUGGACAACAGACCUCCUUCCGGUGCAAGGAAGUGUACAGGGGGUGGUCGUGCCAUCUGUUUUAGUGCUUGUCGUGAUGAUGAACAGGCCACUGACAGCAAUGUUUUUACACACAAGGGCAUGAGUGGCGUGAUGACACAUUGUUUCAUCCAAACCAUUCUGAACAAACCAAAGUUGACGUACUUUGAACUAUUAAACUCGGUUCGAGAGACCAUUCUGAAGACCUCUCCAUCAAAAUGCAUCAGUUCUAAGAUCAUUGAUAAGUUGUUAAAACGUAAAAUAUCACAGGAGCCGCAACUAUCUUCUUCCGAAGUGUUUGAUAUUGAAAAUACAACGUUCCUUUUGUGAUCAACUCAAUAACAAAGUAAGCUUUGGUCAAUUUUUUACAUGGCUGGAAAUUCUGCUGAUUAGAAAUGUUGUGUAUUAUACUUUAUUAUUUGGAAUAUGUCUACUUUUAUCGUCUAUUUUGUCGAUAAAUAUUCGUUGUAUCAUGUCGAAGUUACCCACUAAUCAUUCAUUAAUCCUACUUAGUUGUUUGAACAACUUGCCAAUCCUUACUUUCCCUCUCUCCUUCGAAUGACUUAUGAAACUACAUUGUUCUAAUUGUAUUUGGCCAAAGAUUCAUAGCUCUUUGGUUUUGUAAUAUAAUCACUAGUGGAAAAAAG